AUGGCGACUGGUGCGAACGCACAGAAUUUGCCCCCUAUCAGACGAGGAACAUCAAAAAACACGGCCCUCGCGGACCCGCCCCGAUCCAUGGAUGACAUCGCGGAAGGGGCCCGCAAGGUACUAAACCACAUCGAAAACAACGGCGCGGAGGACCGAUAUGUCACGGGAUACAUUCGAGCUGUCCGCCAGUACGCACUCAACGCCCAGCGGGGCGACGGCCAGGGGAUGGCCAAGGUGCUCGAGGCGCUGACCAAGAUCAACCUCGACACCGAUCGUCUGAACCAGCGAAUCGACACCAUUGAAAAGACAACGACCGCCUUAUCGACGACUCUAUCCAACCCCGCGGCGAACUCCGCAGCAGCGUGGCGUAACUUCAGGGCCAAAGAAUGGCAGCGCGACUUGGCUACGGCUGCGGCUCCCAUCACCCGGAGCGGCGGCACAUCGUCUCCAGGAGUGCCGGAAAUUGAACUACGCGAGGAUCGGGAGAUCAUCAUCAAGGUCGGAACGAACCGUGAGAGUAUCCGAGGAUUGACGCCAAAGGAUCUGGUAGAAAGGACCGAACGGCAGAAAGUUUACAAUGCCCGCCAGAAAAAUUCCACAAUCCUGGCCGAACAGGCCUCAUUCGUCGCUGCUCGGAAGUUGCCAUCGGGCGACGUAGCAAUGAUUGCGAACAGUGCUGCAGGAGCAGAGAUCCUCCGCAAGCAUCCCGCAUGGCUGAGGGCUUUUGGGCCCGGGUCAGUGAUCCAAGAACCCUCAUGGGGCGUGGUGACAUAUCACAUCCCUGUGAAAUCGAUGAGGCUCACCCUGGAGACGAUGGCCGACGUUGCAACGGAACUACUCCGGCAGAAUAACUGGGGCGAAGGCUCCAAGAUUCAAUAUGUCGGAUGGCUAACGCGUCCGGGUGAAAGGGCGGAGGGCUCGAUUUUGAUCGAAUUCACCAGCCCAGUCGCUGCCAAUCGUGCUAUCAGCAUGGGAGUAGUAUGGGGAAAGCAGAUUCACAAUGCAUCUCGGUUUUGCCGCGAGGGACGGAUGAAACUAUGCAGGAAAUGCCAAAAGCCGGGGCAUAUCCAGUCACACUGUUCCAACGCCUUCAAAUGCGGCCGCUGUGCUGGCGGGCACCCGACCUGGGAGUGCCCGUCAACUAAAGGGCAAGCGAUACAAAUCAAGUGCGCCAACUGUGGCGAGGGGCAUCGUCCGACGAGCCGUGAAUGUCCGGUGAAGAUCACAGCCAUGAACGAAGCCAAACAGGCAUUGGCCACCUGUCCGACCUACCACCGUGUUCCGCUACACUUCCGAGUUAGGGAAGCUGUGAAAAUAGUGACAGCUACGGUCAGAUCCGACGAUACUGCCGGGAGAGGAAUAGAGGCAUCGAUCCAUGCCCCAGAGACUCAUACGGAGGAUGAGGAGCCCCACAGGAUAGCCAGCAGGCGGUGGUUGACCUAG